UUGUUUUUGAAGCAAACAGGGCCAAACCAAUACUGCAUCGGGAAAUUUGCAGGGAAAGUUCUUGCGACGAACCAGAAGAGAAGAAAAAGGGGCUCAUUCACUUUGUUUUGAAUCGAAUGAAUGGAAAAGGGUACGUGGUAAUGGAGGGAGAACCAAAAGGGUUAGAAGCUUCACUGCACCAUUUGCUCGAACUCCACCACAACAAAUCUCUCGUCCUUACCCAACGAACAGAGAAAGCCAAGAAGGACGCCAUCAGGAAAACUGAGCGCGUUUCUGAUCUGUUGGUGGAAGCAGUCAAUGGCGGGGUGCAAGAAUCCUUCAUCAACCAGAAGCGAAUUGAGCUCGAAAUUCGAGCCCUUGCUGCCACCAUCGCAAGGUUCAUGAAGCAAACUGAUCAGUGGCUCGCUACCACUCAUGCCCUCAACACUGCUCUCAAGGAAAUUGGAGACUUUGAGAACUGGAUGAAGAUCAUGGAAUAUGAUUGUAAAAAUAUCACCACAGCUAUACAGAAUAUUCACCAAGAGUGAUACUACUGCAAUUGUUCAUUGUAGUAACUGGAUUGAAGAAGGAAAGAUUGAUUAUUACCCUUAUUCUUCAUAAGUUAUGAGCUGCUACCAUUUGCCUAUGCAAAUGUUCAAAUUUCAAAUUUUCAACUAUGAAGCUUUUGAGUGCAUAAAGGAACAAAAGAAAAACUAAUGAUGCUUUAUCUUUGUGCUUUUUGUCAUAGAGCAUUGUGUAUUUGGAUAUAAUAGAUAGAUAGAGCACAGUUCUUGAUUUUUUAGCAAUAAUCAUCUUCCUUCUGCAUUUUUGCUGAACAGUCUUGUAUUCCAGUUCUUUUGCGGGCCUUUGCCCGUGAAUAUAUUGUUGUAAAUUUCAUCUAUACAUUUUCUAAUAGUGGUUUUAAGUCAUACUUGCAAAGAAAUUUGAGCUAUGUAUUCAGUCU